AUGGCGGGCCGGGGCCGGGCCCGGGGCCGGGGGCAGAUGACCUUCAGCGUGGAGGCCGUGGGCAUCGCCAAGGGGGAGGCGCUGCCCCCCCCCACCCUCCAGCCCUCCCCCCUCUUCCCGCCGCUGGAGCAGCGGGCGGCCCCCCUGCCGGGGGGGGAGGAGGGGGAGUACAUGCUGGCGCUGAAGCAGGAGCUGCGCGGGGCCAUGCGGAGCCUCCCCUACUGCGUCAAGCCCGGGGCGCCCCGCAGAGAUAUCGAGCGCUACUCGGACAAGUACCAGCUCUCCAGCCCCAUUGACAGCGCCAUCGACUGGAACCCAGACUGGAGGCGGCUGCCGCGGGAGCUGAAGAUCCGGGUGCGGCGGCUGCGGAAAGGCGGGACCCCCCUCCUGACCCCCAAGUGCAAGCAGCGGGUCGCGCUCGACAAGGAGGAGGCCAUUAAGAAGCUGGAGAGCCUGGAGAAGAAGGAGGAGGAGGUGACGUCGGAGGAGGAAGAGGAGAAGGAGGAGGAGGAAGAAGGGAAGGAGGAGGAGGAAGAGGAGUAUGACGAGGAGGAGCACGAGGAGGAGACCGACUACAUCAUGUCCUACUUCGACAACGGGGAGGACUUCGGCGCUGACAGCGAUGACAACAUGGAUGAGGCGGUCUACUGACC